AUGGUCAGCGUGCCAUGGUUCACGCUAAGGAGCAUCCUAGUUGGGGAGAGGGAGAGAGCAGCAGCUGAGGACCAGGCCAUAGCAGAGACCGAGGCAGAGCUCCCUUAUGUCCUCUUUGAUGUAGACAGUGACAGUGACUCAGACUCAGAAGACGUCGAGUACUUCCCUCCAGUCGCUAGGUCUCACGACGCCGAGGCAGGAGCAAAUGCAGCUACAGAUGGCAGCCCAGGCAGAGAUGCAGGCGAAGCUUCAGGUGGAUAUGCUUUGUCAGCAGGAGCAGCAAACAGUGCUCAUGCAGUCAUUCCAGUGGCAGUAGCAGGCCAUGUUUGUAGCUGUUCAGACAGACAAGGAGAACAAUGGUCGGAUGUUCUUAAUCCUUUUUUAGCAUACAGGUCUUUAGUUGCCAACUACACCUCCAGCACUAGUUCCAGCCCCGGGUCCUCUCCUAGCUUCGAGGACUCUCCGCAGCCAAUCGUCCUUGCUCAGCACCCCUCGGUCGAGCCAUCUUCUGUUGUGCAGUUAGCUUUUGAUGAGCUUGAUGCUACUCUUCAGCAGAUGGCAUCUCAGGGUGUCGAUACUUCCAGCUCCAAUCCCUGUCCUGACAUAGUGUCGACAGAGGUUCCUGCUCCUUCUGCAUCUGUUCAACCUUUAGCAGGAUCGCUCUCUCCUGUCGUCGACACCACUGUUAAGCUUGUCUCUUCUAACUCUAAGUCCGACGAUUCUUAG